GCCGUAAAGAGUGAUUGUCUUCUUGGUUCCCGGGAUACGGAACUGUAACAUGACGGGCGGACAAAAAAUCUUUGACGAGGCGGUGGCUACGAGAGUGCAAGUCGAAUGCAGAGUACUGGCUGCUGGAACUUUCUUCUCGGGGGUCGUGACCAAAAGUGCUGCCUGGUCGCACUGGGCAUUAUCCUGUGCAUGUAUGCGCUCAUGUCUCUUCAUUGCCUUUCUGGCCUUUCGGUUGUACUUGACGCUGAAAUGGCGGUAGAUGACAUAGAGCAUCAUGAUUCCUACGAGGACGAGGCAUAUGACAAGGAUGACGAUGGAUGCUGGGGGCAGAGUGACGUGCUGCGGCGGAGGCUUUCCGGGGCUGGACACGGUGGUUGGGUCUGGAGAUUCCGUGUUUGUUGCGGGCGGCAUGGUGGGUGAGAAGAGGAACAGUCUUGUGGCAUCUGGUGGGGAAAGGUCGAUUGAUAUAGGAUGUAUGUUUCUGUGGCGGAGGCUGACAUGUGCUGACGGCCUGGAUAGACGUGUCAGCCUCCGUUAAUAUACUUGCUUUGGUGCUGUUGUGCAUUGCAAGAGACCUGUUGAGACGCUCCAUAGAUUUUUAAAAUGAACAUUCAUAAAAUCUGGUUGUAUUGCCGUAAAGCUGCAGGGGGCCGAUGUACCAGCGAAAGGAGCUACGGUGUGAGCUAUGACGAAAGUAGACACAAUCACGACACCUUAUUGCAGGGUGUUAUUACUGUAAGCACUACUGUAAAAGUGAGAUUAGAUACGAUAUUUCUUGGACAUGGUACGGGUAU